GCGGAAGUGUAUACUUGAAAGUAGCACCUUCAGAUUUGUUUACGACAUGUAAUUUGGAAAUCAGCCGAGUUGAUGCUGGAACUCUGUGAAGAACGGCAGCAUGUUCCCCCGCAGCGCUGCACCGACGGGGCAGUCAGCCUACAGUAACGGCCUGUACCCGCCACCCGCUGUGCCCCUGUACCACGAUUACAACCACCAAAGCCCGGCUGGUGUCAACAGCUUCUAUGUUCCCGGACUAGAGAGACUGCCUACAUAUAAAUGGAAGCCCACACCAUCCACUCCUCCAGUCCAUCCUCCUCGCACACCAACUAUGACCAAUGGGCGCAAGAGGCAGAAUGCUGAAUACAGCUCCCAUGUUGUGAAACGCCAACGUUUCGACUCCUCUUCUCACCCAUCAAUCGGCUCCUCAUUAAUUCGGACCCCUCCCCCUCGUCGCCCUGAGCAAGUGGUGGCGGGAUCAUCAAGAUCAGAUUUUGAUCGCUCUUAUCCCAGCCCACACUCCCAUCCCCACCCUCAGGUGCCUGCUGUCCCAGACAGCUCCGACAGCCUGCAGAUUUACGCAAAGGACAAGUUGAGUGUUCAGAUGGUGGAGCUGUUUGAGGCGUGCCAGCAGCAAUCUUCUGAUUUGACCCGGAAGGAGAUGUUCCGAACUCGGCUGCAGCAAGACAUACAGCGUGUCUAUGCAGUGGCGCGACUUUACUUGACUGGAUCUUCUAUGAACGGGUUGGGCUGCCGGAGCAGUGAUGCUGAUCUGUGUCUGGUCCUCAAGGGAAAAAAAAGACCUGAUCCUAUUCAUGUGCUCUCCGGUCUCCAAAGGUUGUUCAAAUCACUGUCAUAUGUAGAGAGGAUUCAACUGAUCAGAGCCAAAGUGCCAAUCCUCAGGUUCAAAGAGAAAGGCAGUGAUCUGGAGUUUGAUCUGAAUGUCAACAACACAGUGGGCAUCAGAAACACAUUCCUUCUGAGAAGUUAUGCCUAUGCUGAUCUCAGGAUAAGACCCAUGAUCCUUGUUGUCAAGAAAUGGGCACGGCACAAUCAAAUCAAUGAUGCCAGCAAAGGAACGUUAAGCAGCUACACGCUGGUGCUGAUGGUGCUGCACUACCUCCAGACUCUUAAUGAACCGGUGCUUCCCUCUCUACAGAGGGACUACCCGGAGUGUUUUAAUCCCCUUGUGGACAUUGACAUGGUUCCAGAGGGACCCAAACACAUCCCCCCCUACAUCUCAAGAAACCAGUCGUCUCUUGGAGAGCUGCUUGUGGGCUUUCUCAAAUACUAUGCCACAUACUUCAGGUGGGAUAAGCAGGUGAUCUCUGUUCGAGAAGCCAGAGCUUUUCCCAAGAACAAUUCCCAAGAGUGGAGAAACAAAUACAUAUGUGUGGAAGAGCCAUUUGAAAGAAAUAACGUUGCCAGGGCAGUCCAUGAGAAGAUCAAGUUUGAUAUCAUUAAAGCUCAGUUUGCUGAGUCAUGUCGGAUACUACAGCAGAGGAAGGACCUGAACUCCAUCCUCCCAGUCAGAGCCAUCAUUAAUAAGGAGUCAUACAGAAGAUAAGAGAUUCCUCUAAUUAGAGGAGCUGACGGGAGUCUUCUACCUCAAGACAGGCCUGUCCCCAGAAACAAAGAGAGACCUUUGGGAUGUGCUGAGAGAAGAGUCCUGCUGCCUCUGCACCUCACAGCCAGAAAGACUCUGGGACUGUGAAUGCUCUGGCUGCUUCUGCCACACACAGACUGUAUGUCCUGUGGCAGUACGUAUUGAAAAUACUCAUCUUCAAAUGCUUUGCAGACUUUGUCGAUCUUUUGUAAUUAUUGUACUCCCUUAAUAUACAAUAUUUGUGUAGUGACACCAGAGGGCUCUGAAAUUAACAUCCUGUUACUUAAAUUGGCAACAAAGAGAUGCUGCAUUGAAGGAUAAUGAUGGUCAAUGUUAUUAGAGAUGGUUAUUGCUGCUACUCGGCCUUCCUUCCUAAUGCACAUAGCAUUCCUGGGAAACAGUGAAGUUUACUGACUGUAUAUGAAAAGACAAAAUAAUACCUGCAACCUGCUGAUAUCUGAAGCUAUCUUAAAUGUUUAGGUUGGCCUGGGCUCAACCAAGUCAGUCUCAGUUUUAAUUAUGUCCAUGUUGCUAGAGCCAUACUGCACAGUAUCAGUUUUGAAGAUGCCAACAAUUUGUUCCUGCCUCAUAUGUGUACAGUAUAUACCUUAUAUUAUUUUCAGCCCAUCUAGAUGAACCUGUAACAUAAAAGCCUUUUUUUCUAUUUUUCUAGGUCAGUAGUCAAGCAAUUGUGGGUUGAAACACUUUUUUCUAUGGCUGCAUUAAAGGCGCUCCCUUUUUUCAUCAUCACCAUCUUUCUAAAAACUGACCUUGUUAUUAAGUGAUGUUUUACGUUAGCAUCAUAAUUUAAGUGACUCUGAGGUGGAUCACUAGAGGGCUGGAUUGUGGAUAUUUCCACUCCUUUGUCAUUGUUCAUAAUAUGUUUUAUUUUUUCCCUGACUGGUGUCAGGCCUAUACUGUGUUACUUCAGUUCAGUAUCCACUUGAUUUAUUUGGACAAAAGUGAUGUGUCGUUCACUCAUUUUUGGUUCACUUAAUAUGUAAGUUAUUUGAAAAAGUUACACUUGAGUGUGACCUCUUUUUUUUUGGUUUCUAUUUUUCCUCAUUGCCUUUUUGUACAUUUUGUACAUUAUUGACUUUUAAAUGUUUAUUUAAAAAAAAUAAAUAAAUCUCUGAAGAUG